CGUCAUCUCUGUGAGUUUUCUUCGCGAAAGGUCUUUGGAAACCACAGAUAGGCUGCAAUUAACACUCCAAACUCAAGAACCCGAAAAAGAGAAGAAGAAUGUCCCGUGUCCAUUUUGGCAAUACUGCCUUCUGGCAGUAUCAUCUUCAGCUGAUUGCGCUUGUGUUGAUUUCCUUGACGACUGCUGCAGCGAACGAGGAAAGAGGGAUCAAAAUCGUCAACUCUUCUGGUUCCCGAGUCGAGCUUUACUGGAUUCAUGUGAGUGUCCUGCGAUUUUGAUCUCUUUUGAGUAUUAUCUUUUGACGAAUCUGGACGAUAUAUUUGGUGAAAACGAUUGCUUGGAUUGGCCCGGUUUUCUCAUGUUGCAUAACUUUCGUUUUCUUUGAUAAACCUUCUCGAUACAGCCAACAACCCGCGAGGGUUCACUGAUGUCUGAACCAGAUAUUAUGAACGGUGCAGACUUUUCGCUGAAUUCUUUCGUCAGUCAUGAGUUCGAGCUUAGAGAAAAGCCAUCCCCGUCUACUGGGGUUUGCAAGUCAGAAGAUAAGACCUGUAGUUCUGCAUUUUUUGCCGUGUCAGAAAACGCGGAUCAGGGUGAGUUAUGGUCGAAGUUCACUGUACCCUGAUGUGACUCAUGAACUGAUCGCAGCCUAUUUACGUUCAUUGACUUCGAAUUGACUUUUUUUGUAUUUCUAUCGAAAAUUGGAUUUGUACCGGCACAAAACAAUAGUCGUAACUGUCCAUGAGGGUCUCGAGAUUGAAUUCCUGGAUGAUCAAGUUCGUGCUCAGCUCAAAGCUCGUGGAAUAAUGGGAACCUGCGAAACAAAAGCAAAAGACCGCUUGCAAAAAGCAGGAACCAAUAAAGAGAUGAUUGAAGAUGCCAUGGAUGGCCUCGUGAAGUGUGUGGAGUCUGAACUAACGAUAAGUUUGUCGAAAGCAAGUGAAGAACUAGCCUUUGAAAGCAAAAUUAGAACGAAUAUGGCCUCUAUGAUGGAGAACUACACGUGUGUUGACACGGAGCUGAACUCGACAGAACCUGUCAGGGAAUCACGAUGGCGUGGUGCCCGGGAUCGUAAAGGUCGUGAUGUACAAGUAUUGUUGGAUAGACCUGCUUCAAAAAUAAUGUUUGUCAAAGAUUUUAUUAGCCAGGCAGAAUGCGAUGCGAUGGCUGAGGCUGCCGCCCCAAAGUUGCACAAAGCUAGCGUCGCUGAUGGAAAGGGCGGAUCAAAAUUUUCCGAACACCGCAAGGCGAUGCAAGCUGGAAUCAAAGUCGACUGGGAGAAGGAGCAUGAGGGGAAUCAUAUUGCCGUGCUCUCGAGACGAGUUUACGACUUCACAAAUUAUAUCUUGAAUCUGGGUAUUGCAGAACACGGCCAAGAGGAUUUGAUGUCUAUCCAAUAUUUUGGGAGAGGUCUGAAUGAUACUGAGCCGGAUAGGUACACACCACACUGUGAUGGGUGAGUGGUAAAGUAUUGUUGAUUCUGCGAAUUGACGUGUAAGCUACGUCAUUUUUGGUCGAAUAUGCCCUUUUUCUUCCGUGCUCUGACUUCUCCAACAUUUGAAUUUGAUAAUUGCUGAAAAUAGAGACUGCUCGGGCCUGCCGCACAAGACAGGAACUAGGAUGGCAACAAUGGUCAUGUACUGGUAAGUCUAGAUCAACUGGUGAUUCUGUUUUGAUCUACAGCUUCUGUAUUGCUCAUCUCAUUUUAUAUCCUUUGUUGGUCGUAAUCCCAAAUACAUUGUGAAAACUUGAUGUUAUUCGUAGUACAAUACCUGAAGUUGGGGGUCAUACAAACUUUCGAAACUCAGGUGUUCAUUUGAAGCCAGUCAAAGGUGGUGCAGUUUUCUUUUCGUACAUCGACCCAGAAACAAAAUUAAUGGACAAAGGCUUCACUGAACAUUCCGGAUGCCCUGUUCUUGUAGGUGAAAAGAAGAUAGUCACCCAGUGGAUUCGUCUAGGAGUUGAUGACGAAAACCCAUGGGAUUCAUUCAACACACGUAAGUACACAGAUCAGAUUCAAUUUUGGCAUGCUCAAUACACUUGACAUCCUUUUUCAUGGAACGGAGUUGUGUAUUGUCAAUCACGAAUACUUUGUCUAAAAUCAUUCAAUUUUUGUACUGGUCUUGGAUAGUGGGGAUAAAAGUUUCCGAAGAUGAUCUGUCAGAUUGAUUGAAAACCUUUCUAAAAUUAGGACUGUAACUGUAUCAAAAAAUAGCAUUUUAUGGUGGAAGAACAGCUACAUCAUGAAUUUUCCAUAAUAUGAUGCAUUGAUCUGAUUUGUCAAGGCUAGGCUUUCAAAUACCAAUCAUUAUCUGAGCUUUUCCUUCUGCAGAACUUAAUACAGAUGGAUUCCUAAUGACAAACUUUUCUACACCUGCUGGUUCUCUUCAGUACAGUCCAUGGAUUUUUCAUAAUACAACAAGAUCCGACAACCUAUUGUGUGUAAUGAAUAACAUCUGGUUUA